GAAAGACUGAAACAGCAGGGCAGACCGUAUUUGUGGAGUGAGAAACAAAAGUUAAUGUUUCAGGUAGUGCUACUCUCAACAGCAUUUGUGAUUUAUCUGCUUCCUUUGCUUGUAUGUCACAUACAGAUGAUUGCUUUAACUGGAAUAAUGUCAUUUGCAGAUGCUUUGGAACAGACGUACAUUUGUUUGCAAAAUAAUUCAGCUUCUUAGUGAGAAAUCUACUUGCCCCAUGCCUGAGGACAGGUAAAGGAAACAAUGGAUUCCAGUGCAGAUGCUCAACAUGGUGACACUCCAAUUUCAGAAACUGAAACCCACCAGCUAGCAGUUCCGACACAAGCACAGCUUGCAACUAUUGCACAGGUAACCAUGCCUGGGAUCCAAUCAACAACAAGUCCAGCAGUAACUUUAGUGCAAUUGCCGAAUGGGCAGACUGUUCAAGUCCAAGGAGUUAUCCAAGCAGCUCAGUCCUCAGUCAUACAGUCCCCUCAAGUUCAGACUGUUCAGAUCUCUACUAUACCUGAAAGUGAGGACUCCCAGGAAUCUGUGGAUAGCAUGACUGACUCUCAGAAACGUAGAGAAAUUCUAUCGAGACGGCCUUCAUACAGGAAAAUCCUGAAUGAACUUUCUUCUGAUCCCCCUGGUGUGCCAAGAAUCGAUGAGGAGAAAUCAGAAGAAGAGUCUGUCUCAACUGUUACUACAAUGACGAUGCAGACACCCAUCUAUCAGACUAGCAGCGGACAAUACAUUGCUAUCACACAGGGGGGAGCAAUUCAGCUGGCCAACAAUGGUACAGAUGGAGUGCAAGGACUCCAGACACUAACAAUGACCAACGCAGCUACAGCCCAGGGUGGAGCAGCCAUUGUACAGUAUGCACAGAGCCCUGAUGGACAGCAAAUCUUUGUGCCGGGCAGCCAAGUGCUUGUACAAGGUGCUGCUGGAGAUGUCCAAACCUAUCAGAUCCGUACAACUCCUAACUCCACUGCUGGCCAGGGAAUGGUUAUGGCAUCUUCACCAGUCCUGCAAAGCCAGCCCCAGAAUGCUGAAGAAACCACUCGUAAACGUGAAAUCCGCCUCAUGAAAAACAGGGAAGCAGCUCGAGAGUGCCGUCGCAAGAAGAAAGAAUAUGUGAAGUGCUUGGAGAAUCGGGUUGCUGUUCUGGAAAAUCAAAACAAGACGCUCAUUGAGGAACUGAAGGCACUCAAAGACCUGUAUUGCCAUAAAUCCGACUAGCACGCCAUUGUCAUUCUUGCGAAUGAUUAACAGACUUGCCCCAAAAGACUAUUGGCAUGAGCUGGGCGACUCUGCUACCUUUUCUAACGAUUUCUCUCCUCCAUGGGAAAAAAAAGUUUAAAAAAACUGCAUGGAUGCAGUUCCGGCAGCUGCAUGCCCAUGCACCAGGGGAUCAUGCAUCGGAUUGUGGGAUCCAGCCUGGUCAAAUCUUUCUCUGUUCCAAACUCAAGAUAGCGUGGAACCUGGUUUGGGCAAUUUUUUUUUUCACAUGAACAUUUUUAUAUACAAACUAACUUAUCGGUACAAAAAAAAAUUCUUGUCUAGCGUGACCAGGAAAGAUCACAAGCAAACAUUUUCGUUUAUAGAAUGUCUUUUUCACCUCCCUCCUCCACCCCCAUCAUUCUUUUUUUUUUCUUCUCCUUGUUGCUCUGGGGUGCAAUGUUGCUGCAAUCAUCCCUUUUGGGGUAAGAGUUGUGUCGCCUCAACCUUGCUUUUGUGGCACCUUCGGGCCUGUACAGUUAAAGGCACACACUCGUGAGGCAACGCGGAUGGCUAUGCAGUCGUCUUCUCACCAAGCCAUUUGUACGAUGCAUCAGAUUGCAACCCAGCGACAAUACAAAACCACACCAUAUAAUGUUGCAUCAGAGGGGUUGGCCUAUGUUGGAACUGAAGAUCCCUUUUAUCCAGAGAGUUGUGGAUCUUGUACACCUAAACUGCUUUGCUUACUGGCCAUUCAAUUAAUCACGUUUUUUAGUCUGAGCUUAAAUUUUAAAAGUUGUGUUGGUUUGCAUUAUAUACAUAUAUAUAUUAUAUAUAUAUAUAUUUUCCUCUCUCUUUCUAAAUGGUGUUGUGAUCCAGCCAGACCGUUCUGUCAAUCAAACUGAGCUGACUGAACCCCUGCGUGAGGCUGGAAGGAAUGUUAAGUUGUGUAUUUAUCAUUCAACAAGAAAAAGUAUGUGAGGGACUGAACCAUAAAACCAAUUAAUGCUGUAAAACAGCACCCUGAACGAAGUGGGUGUAAAGUGCUGAUUUUUUUUUUUGGGUGGGGCAGACGAAUUGUUGUGAAACUGGUCACCUUGUUUGAUGCCUUUGCACUGUAUUAAUAACACUUUACAUUUUUAUACUGUAUAUAUAUUUCUAAAAGAAGUGUGACUCUGCAAGGAAAAUAUAGAACUAGAAAAGGCUAAGGGUUUGUGAUACAACCCCUUCACCACUCUCAGUAGAGAGAGCAUUGCUGUUGCAUCAAUUUGAGGCUCAGCACCUUGAUUCCAACCCCCCCCCCCACCCUGCAAAAUAAACUAGCCCAGUGCAAAUUUUAAAAGAGCAAUCUAAUUUUUUUUUGUUUUGUUUUAAUACUGAAGCUGUUAUAUUACAAAAAAAUAACAAGACAUGCUCCAAAGGAUGUUACAAAGUGAACAACGCACCAGUACUUCGAAAAGGUCAAUGUUUGGAGGAAGGAUAAUGCCCACCCUAAGUGACCAUUUAAGAAUACCCUGCGCAUUGUGUAAUUUGAAUCGUGCAAGUUAAGCAGUUCUAGCUUCUGUCAAAUAGUAAUCUUGACCAAGACCAAAUUUGGCACUGAAGUCAAAAUCAAGUUCAAUAAUUUUACUGCCUGAACAACACCUUCCUUUUCCUUUACGUACCACUGAACCCUAUCAUGACAUGGAUUGUAUUCAACACAGCCAACCUGUUUUCACCCACACAUUGUCCCCAUUAUCAGCUUUUCUUCCCUGGUUUACUAUCAACCAUCCUUCUGUCUGAUGUCGCUCUAUCUUUCUGGGCUCUGUGUUUCAACAAUCAACUCUCAGCCCUAUCCCACCACCACCACCCCCAAGUCAUCAAGUGCAAACGUCAUCUUUUCUUAGUUACCGUCAGUUCUCAUGAAGUGUCAGUGGACUAGAAACAUCAAUUCUGUUUCUCUCCAUAGAUACUACAUAAUAUGCUGGCUUACAGGUAGGGCUAAGAAAAUAGAACAAAGGAAAUAUGGAGAGUGGUGCUAAUGAGAUGAAUGGAAUGACCUUCUGCACUGUAACAACUCCAUGAUUUGGGGAAAACCUUUAAAUUGUAGUCACCGUUUUAAUGUAGGAAAUAGUGUUUUGCACGUAGCAAGAUUCUGCAGCAAUAUGAUAAUUAUUUUGUAAUGAUGAUUGAGAAAUUGAAUUGUUCAAGGUAUUUCCUUAGUUGCUUUUUUGAUAGUAACAAGGGUGUCUCAUGUUCCCUCUAAGGGUGGUCACAACCUUCUGCAUCUGCAAAAUAGCUUUUUUUUUGCAAGUCAAGUUAUAAACUGAAAUGCAAUACUGAACAUGUUUCAGAAAUGAUUGAAAUUUUCAAACCGAAACUACCUAUAUACUUGAAGGGAAACAGUGAUGCAAGGGGAGGAUUUUAUGAACUAAUAGCUUUUUUUAAGGAAUCAGUGCAGGUACAUGGAGCAGAUUGGCCUUCUAUACUGUAUGAUUUGAUGACAACCCCAUUUGCAAAGACAAUACAGCUGGAAAGCAAAAUAUAAAAGUCUCCUUUUAAAGUUCAAAGAAAGUUGACCUUUUAAAAAAAUUUCCAUUGCUUCUAAUUGCACAACAGCCGUUCUGCCCUGGAGACCCAGUUGAGACUGCUUGUCUCUGGUAGAAUUUAUAGUUGAUUUAAUUCAACUAGCAACUUUCUUUCAGGUCAAUUCAUCAUCUGAUUCUCAGUUCCAACAACCAGAAAGCUUUACAAUUUCCUCACACUUUAUAAAGGAAACUUCAAAAGACCAUUUUUAUUUCUUUUGCUUUCCCCAUAUUUUAAAAAAUUCAGUUUUAAAUAAAGCAUUUAUGUUUAAAACCAGUCUUUUGAUGGGGAAUGUUCAGAAUCCUCACAGAUUGAGAGAUUUCGAUCAACUCAAUACAGGUACUUGAACUCCUUUUAACAGGGAUGGCAAAAAAAACAGGAGAAUUGAAAUUCUUACACUGGGGCUUAUGAUGUGAAAGGGUUGUAGAAGCAUAGAAGAAUUCAGUGAUAGAGAAAAGGAAAUUGAAUAAAUACAGAAAGCAAACAUUUGUAGUGCUAUGUGGAAAGUGUGGGUGUGUGAGACUAAUUGAAUUGCUCUUUCAAACCACCAGCAUUGGCAUGAUGGGACAAGGAGCCAUCACCUGCGUGCUGUACAAUGCUAUUGUGUCUGAGUUUGUCUCCUCAGUGAUUAUUUUAUCACUCGUAUUCUGAGCUGGUGCUUAAAAAUAACCAGUGGUUGGUGGAAAAAGCUUAAGGUUUUUCGGUACACGAUCUGUGUCUUGGGGUGUUAAGUGACAAAUCGGCUAUUUCCAGGAUGUUCGCUCACGACUCAGUAGCAGGGGGUGUUUUGAAAAUCUUGACAAUAGCUCUGCCUCUUGCCUAACUUCCAAACAAUAAGGAUUCAUUUUUGUACUUGGAUGACGGUAUGUUUUCCCUGGUUCUCUUUCAGCAGCUACAAACAAUUUUCCUCUUGCAUUAGACAAUCACUCGUUGAAUCAUACAGUCAAAAGGGCCACAGUCCCGCGCUCCAGCUCUUUUUCUUGUCACCCCGCAGUUUUUUUCCUUUUCAAGUAUAUAUGCAGUUCAUCUCGCUUGUGAUUUUUUAGCUAGCUGCCUUGAAUUUGUGUCUUCUGGUUUAUGUAACUUGGCAGUGUCCCCUUAAUUAAUCCAUUGAAAUAUUCAUGAGUUCCUGAACAGCAUCCAGUAUUCCACCCGCCCACCCCCCCACAACUUUUCAUCAGUUUGUCUGACCAUAUGAAGCAUCAGAAUGCAUGCAUAUAAAUAUCCAGUAGGAGUUAUUGUAUUUUAUUGUGAAUUUUAGUAUUGCCUGCUUUUCCCUUUCCCUAACCCAAGCUAAAUUUAAUGACCCUACAAACUAGAUUGAUUAAGAUUAGUUAACACAGCAACAAUCAAAAUUACUUUUACUGCCCUAUAUAAUCUUAGCCCUGGAGGACUGUUGUGAUAUAGUGAUAAUGUCCCUACCUCUGGGCUAGAGGGCUUGGGUUCAAGUCUCACUUGCCUUGAUCAUGUGCCAUGCCAUGUCUAAAUGGGAUAGCUUGCAGAAUGGCUAUGAUUGAUAAGGUGAUAAACUAGUUUUCUGGAGAGCCCUGUAUAAUUUCCAGUACUUAAUAGCAACACCAGGUUAAAUAUAGUGGUGUAACAUUAACAUCAGAAAUUACACCGUUGGAGUUUUCAGAGACACUGGUUGGUGGUUUUCUGAAAAUUCACAUUAUUUUGAGCUUUUUUUAAAAUUAUACCCCAAUGGGAAUUCCUUUCAGUAAACUCAUUUCUCUUCCAAACACAUUCCUUCAAAUAUAUUCAUUAAACUUCUGGGCACUUUUUCUGAUAGAUCCUUAGGUAGUGAAAACUGGAUUUUGAUUUUUUAAAAAACUUUGCUAAACAUCCCAAAGGUGCUUUGUUUUGGUUAAAUAAAACAAAGUAAUUUAUUGCAA